AUGAGCAACGAUUAUAAUUAUAUGUUCAAAUUCAUAGUAGUAGGAGACACAAAUGUAGGAAAAUCUUGUUUAUUGUUGCAAUUUACAGAAAACAAAUUUUGCGAUCAUACGGAAAGCACAGUAGGCGUCGAAUUUGGCUAUAAGACAAUAAAAUUAAAUGAUUAAUCGAUAAAACUGCAAAUUUGGGACACAGCAGGCUAAGAUUCGUUCAAAUCGAUCACAAGAUCUUAUUAUCGAGGAGCGAUUGGAGGAUUACUUGUAUUUGAUUUUAGUAGAAGAUCAACAUUUGAAGACAUCAAAAAAUGGUUAAGAGAAAUAAAAACUUUUUCUUGCGAUAAGAUUGAAUUAGUACUUGUUGGCAAUAAAUCUGAUUUAUAAAAGAAAGAUGUAACAAUUUAAGAAGUUGAAGAGUAUGCAUAAUAAGAGAAGUUAGAUUUUUAUGAAACUUCAGCUAAAACAGGGAAGAAUGUAGAUGUUGUCUUUGAAAGUGUAGCUAAUAAAAUUUUAAGAAAAAUCGAAACCAAAUAAAUUAAUUUAGAUGAUUAAAUGUUAGGAAUUAAGGUGAAUUUUAAUGGGAAAAUGAAAAAAAAGUAAAAGUCUCAAAAUAAUCUUUCUCCAUCUUACAAUAUAACAUUGAAUGGAAAAUAAAAUGAAGAAGAGAAGAAUGACAAAAAAAGUUGUUGUUGA